UUAAAUAUAGUGAUGAGUGAUUUACCAGGAAACCCGAUAGCAUGGGACAUAUGGGGUGAAGAAGGGAGUUCAGCUAGUGCCAUACGAAAAGGUUCUCGUAAAAUUGCCCAAAGAGCCAAUUAUAUGAUGGUAGCCCAGUUAGGAAAAAAAGCUGAACUUGAAAUUGUGUAUCUUGAGACCGGUAGACCUAAUUCCAGUCAGGAUAAGCGGGUUCGUGACCACAAAAAAUUAAUACGUUUUUCCAAGGAUUCUAUUGACACUACGAGGAACAUAAAAAACCUUAAAAAGAUAUUUAACCAACCAUCAAUGAGGCAGAAUCUGACCAUAUAUACUAUUAACAUCGCAGGCGAUGUUAUAGAACUUUAUGCUAUGCGAAAAGAAUCAGGAAUUUACAAUGCUGUAUAUCCGCUUAUCCAUACUUUAUUGACAUUGAGAACGGUUGUAGCAUGUACAAUUCACAAAAUAUUAUAUAGUCCCGACUCUGGGGAUAGUGAGCAUAGUUCUAGUGAAAUGGUAGUAACAGUUUCGACCCCCAAAAAUUCAUAGAAUAGAGAUUUCGAUACAUGUAUUUUUAUUAAGUUAUAUUAUUAAUAAAGCAA